AUGGGCCGCACGGAGACGACGGUCAUCACCUUCGGGACCUACGACCUGUUCCACUUCGGCCACCUGCGGAUCAUCCAGCGCGCGAUGGCGCUCGGCGACCGCCUCGUCGUCGGCGUGAGCUCGGACGCGCUCAACUACGAGAAGAAGCGGCAGAAGCCCGCGGUCUGCGAGGAGCAGCGCAUGGCCCUCGUCGCGGCUCUCGCCGGCGUGAGCGAGGUCUUCCUCGAGGAGUCGCUCGAGAAGAAGGCGGACUACUGCGAGAUGUACGGCGCCGACGUCUUGGUCAUGGGCGACGACCACAAGGGCCGCUUCGACGCCAUGCUCGAGGGCGUCUGUCCCUGCGUCUACCUGCCGCGGACCGCCGACAUCUCGUCGACGGCGCUG